UGUUUACACUGUCCUUCCCGUCAUGCCUUGCUGACCCAAGAAAAGUCUGCCGGAGCCAUGGCAGGAGGACGGGAGAGAGUCGCUCUUUUGUUGAAGCAACUGCACCGAGCCUCAUGUGCAUGCCCUGCUCAUUCCCAUGUUUAUUCACAAGGUAUUGGACAUGCUGCAUCAGGGAAAACAGAGUAUGCUUUUGAGAUGGCUGUUUCCAAUAUCCGAUAUGGAAAAGGAGUUACUAAAGAAGUGGGCAUGGAUCUGCAUAAUUUGGGUGCCAAAAAGGUUUGUGUGAUGACAGAUAAAAACCUUUCUCAGCUUCCUCCUGUGAAAGCAGUUCUGGAUUCUCUGACCACAAAUGGUAUAAACUUCCAAGUGUAUGACAAAGUCAGAGUGGAGCCAACAGACCAAAGCUUCCUGGAUGCCAUCAUGUUCGCUAAAAAGGAAGAGUUUGACUCCUAUGUUGCUGUUGGUGGAGGUUCGGUCAUAGAUACUUGUAAAACUGCCAAUCUGUAUGCAUCCAGCCCAGAAUCAGAAUUUUUGGAUUAUGUUAAUGCUCCCAUUGGAAAAGGCAAGCCUGUGAACGUCGCUCUCAAACCAUUGAUUGCAGUUCCUACAACUGCUGGAACUGGGAGUGAAACCACUGGAGUGGCUAUUUUUGAUUAUAAAGAACUAAAAGUAAAAACUGGCAUUGCUUCUAGAGCUAUUAAGCCCUUAUUGGGGGUAAUUGACCCCCUACAUACUCUUUCUAUGCCUGAGCGUGUGACAGCUAAUACUGGCUUUGAUGUGCUUUGCCAUGCCCUCGAAUCCUAUACUGCCCUUCCCUACCAUCAGCGUGGUCCCUGUCCUUCCAAUCCAAUGAACCGACCAGCUUAUCAAGGAAGUAAUCCUAUCAGUGAUGUCUGGGCCAUCCAAGCAUUACGGAUCGUUGCUAAAUAUUUCAAGAGAGCCAUCAGGAACCCUGAAGAUGAAGAAGCAAGGGCUAGCAUGCAUCUAGCAAGUGCUUUUGCUGGCAUUGGCUUUGGAAAUGCUGGCGUGCAUCUGUGUCAUGGCAUGUCUUAUCCUAUUUCCGGUUUGGUGAAGAAUUAUAAAGCAAAGGAUUAUCGUGUGGAGCAUUCUUUAGUGCCUCAUGGUCUUUCCGUUGUCCUCACGUCCCCAGCCGUGUUUACUUUCACAGCACCAAUGUGUCCUGAGCGUCAUUUGGAAGCUGCUCAAAUACUGGGAGCUAACAUCAGCAGUUCCAAAGUCAAAGAUGCUGGGCUUAUUUUGGCAGACACCCUCCGGGAAUUCUUGUUUGACUUGAAUGUUGAUGAUGGCCUGUCUGCUCUUGGUUAUUCUACAGCUGAUAUCCCUGCCUUAGUUAAAGGCACAUUGCCCCAGGAACGAGUGACUAAAUUAUCUCCACGUCCCCAAACUGAAGAAGAAUUAUCUGCCCUGUUUGAAGCUUCCAUGAAACUAUAUUAGCUUGACAAACACUGACACUUCCUCAGUAAUAUCGUAACUUUUAUUGAAAGUUUAUUCAAAACAUACGAAUGCCAGCCAUAUAGGACGGAGGCUGUUUCUUCUUCUUUCUUCAUCCCUGCCUGUGGAACAGCCUUCUCUGCCAAAAAGGGUUGGUGUCUCAUCAAACUUCAAUUCCCAUAAAUGAAUUCCUUUUUUUGUUUUGCUAUCUGUAUAUAGUGCUGUAAUUAAUUUUCCAAGUUGCCAAUUUAUUAUCUCUAUAUCAAAUGGGCCAAACACUUUAUCAAGAGUAAACCUUUCCAAGUUGAGAGAACUCUGUCUGCUAGAGGCAUUUCUAAUUCAGGACACCAUUUUUUUUUAAAAGGACACUUUGUUGUUUUUUUAUGACUACCUUGAACACUUGCCUCAAAUAGGCUGUACCCACCCAUACUAUGUUAGGACCUUUUUAUGGCAGCAUAUACGAUGUAGGUCUGUAAGUCAAUUUACUACUUGUAAAAGGGGUGGGCAAGAGGUGGAGAUUGUGGCAUCAAUUGUUUUCAGACUGGUGAAUAAACAAAGAUGCAAUGUUAUAGCAA